CAAAACGUAAUCAAAUCUUUAAAUUCCAGUAGUCUCUACUUAAUGUUGGUAUGCUCUCUAGAAUCCAUUUUAAUACUCGGAAAGUCGUGAAUCUGAGCAGGUGCGUGAAGGCAGCACACACCUGAGACUCAUUAGGACUCUGACAUUUCCAACCAAGCCUGACUUUGAUAAACACGACAUGCUUUCCUUUUCUGGAGUUACAAAAAAAAUGAACUCCCUACAGUUUUCGUUCAUCUUUUUCAUACUGGUGCCUCAUUCUAUAUCGUUUGGACGUUGCGACGAUAUUACUUUCUCAAUAUGCUGGAUGAGCAAGGACAAUGCCCUGGAAAGGCAUAAUGGAAACCUAUGGCUCAAUGAUACGGCACUAAAAUCCAUAAGAAAGGUGGGUAAGGUCACCUCCCUGACGGUGUCCCCAGCUGUAGAAAACAAGCUAACACUUCAGCAUGGAGGCUCUGUUCAGGCGUGGUCUUUCAGAAUCACCCCACGUACAAGGUUCACUAAAAUCAGAGGCCUGCAGAAACCCAGAGAACAACAAACAAGUGCCACUAAGAGCUUCCUUGAUAUGAUGAGUCCCACUGAGAUUUUUGCAUGUGAGAAUAGCACAAUAUACUUCCACCAGGAUGACAACUUCUUCCUUGCAAUUGGCCACACUAUGCGUCUCCCUGUCAAGCUCGAGUCCAGGACUUCUUCCAUGUUGCUAGUCUCCUGGGUCCCAGCAGUCAGCAGCAGCCACACUGUGACCCUUUACUCCAAUACACUGGGCUCCUAUAACAUGCUCAGCAUGGACACUACCACCAACACCCUCUACCACUUCACAGCUUUGGACUCCUGCAGCUCUUAUGUGGCCUGUGUGGAGACUGCAGGCGCUCACUCCUUCACCUGCCUUUCUACUAUCACCGACCCAGACAUUCCCAAGGACUUUGAGGUGACGUCAUGGAACAGCAGCAGCAUAUCGCUGGCCUGGGACUGCCCCGAGAACCGCAAGUUCUCCUUCUUCCUCCUUACCGCCUUCUACCUCAAUGGUGCUGACCACAUCACAGAGGAGGUGCUGAUGUGGCACAAGGAGGACAACUUUGUAUUCACCUUGUCUGACCUGGAACCCUGCAGCAGAGUGAAGUUUGGCCUGCAGACGGUUUGCCAGGCUGGGAAAGAGACCCGGUACAGCAAGAUGGUACUGAAUGAUGGAAACUCCGCUCACUCCAAAAUCGAGGCCUUGCGUCAGUCAUCGUUUGGCCACGACAACUACACCCUGAGCUGGGAGGUGCAGAACUCUUCAUCCAUCUCCAUGUUUAGAGUCUACCACGAGGGGGCACUACAGGGCACUACACUCACCACCAACUUCACUGUGAAGGGGCUGCUGCCAUGCCAAGGGUACCAGGCCAAGGUGCAGGCGCUGUGUGGAGACAGUGUGCUCAUGAGUGUCAAGACAGUCGCAGCACACACAGGACCUGUUGGUGUGUCUGAGCUCAGGUAUCGAUCUAACGACUCCACGGCCCUUUGGAUACCACGCACCAAGCACCAGCCAGCUGUGGCCUUUUUAUAUGAGCUGUCUCUGGAGAACGGCACCACUAUCCAGAGCAGCCGCUUGAGUGACACAGAGCUGCGUCUCCCGGGUCUGGAGGAAGGGAAGACCUACGUCCUCGACGUGUGGGAGGAAUGUGAUGGACAGUGGGAGUCUGAACGCUCUCACGUAUGUUUUGAGGGAUCUAAUUCAUCCUUAGAAUUCCUUGUGAGGGCUGCUGGACCUGCUCUGGACCAAGAAGUGCUUGUAGAUUUUUCCAUGGGUCUCACAAUGGUCGUGCCCUGGUCACUGCCUGAGGAUCUGCAGGACGACGUGUCAGAACCAAGGGUUAAAAUGGGGGAGAUUUUCAAAGAUAAGCUGCAGGAGCUGUUGAAAGACUUUGAUCAGCCAGCCCGUGUUAAGCUGGCCACCUUUGAACCUGCAGAUGAGCAGGACAAAACGGACAUUCUUUUUAUGUCUUUUGAUGCCACCAAAACUGAAGAAGAUGUGCCUCUGCCUAUUGAAGAUCAGCUGGAUUACAUCCGCUCCCUUAAUUCAAGCAACAUAACUGUAACAGAUGGGAUCAUUCACUGGGAAGGUCCAGAUCUGUGUGCUUCCCCCAAGCGAACUUUGUGUCCACAUAAUUCUCUGUGCAUCAACACUCUGGGCUCCUACACCUGUGUGUGCCAACAUGGCUACUAUGACGUGAGCUCAGUUAUUAAGCCUCCAGCAACAUCACAUCCAGUCUGCAAUGAAAAAGGCCUUUUCAGCCAGUGUCUGGAUAAACUGGUGACUGGUGGAAUAGCAAAACCCUACUUGAUUUCUCACAUCGGGGGAAAGGUUGAUGUGAGGCUAAAUGAUGGGCAGUGCACUGUGGAUGAGACAGAGAUGUUCUACUACUUCCAAACAUCACGUAAAGCCUCUGAAUGUGGAACUGAGAGGCAGGUGAACAAAACCCACAUCGUAUUCCAAAACACUCUGACUGUGACCUUGACCAGAGAACAAACCAUCAGCCGAAGGGAUCUAAAAGUUGUUUGGAAAUGUGUCUACCCACGCCAUUAUAUUCGCAACGCUCAAGUCAGUGUGGAUACGGAGUGGCUCUCCUCUGUCUCCCUGAUAGAGUUCAACUCCUCACUGCAGCUCGGCCUGACCAUGACCAUGUACACAGAUGAGUCCUACACCUACAGCUACAGGGACGCCAUCGCCAUGGGGCCGGAGGACACCUUAUUCUUCCAGGUGGCUCUGCAGACCAACAACUCAUUUGCUUCAGACAUGCUCCUGCAGGUGGACUCAUGCUGGGCCACUGAGCGCACCGACCCACAGGACACUGUCCAGGGUGUUCUUCUGCAGGAUAGCUGUGCUGUUGACAACACCUUCCACUGGCUCUCUGCUAACGGCCUGGCUCAGAGAAGCAGAUUUUCCAUUCAGAUGUUCACCAUGCCCAAAAGGCUGCCCCUCUACAUUCACUGCCUGGCAAACAUAUGUGGACAUAAAGACAACUGCACAAAGAAUUGCACCAGCCAGCAGCGCGCCAAGAGAUCAGUGACCCGGAUGAAUAGAGGGAGGAAACGAGCUGCUGUUGUGUCUGCUGGACCUCUGGUGGUCAACAAGAGGGUGCUGCCAGGUGUUGAACCAUCUUACUGGGCAGAGCAUGUGACAAUGAUCUCCAUCGUGGCCGGAUCAAUCGGGUUUUUGGCACUAACUGUACUCUCCAUGAGUGCAACCAAAGCAAUCCUGACUUAUUAUGAGCAACUACGGCUGCAAUAAAGUGUUUAGUACACCUUCCAUCUA